GACUUUCCGUGCAAACUUUUUCAUGGCGCUGGCCGCAAAGCACUGAUUCAAGUGGGAAGACUCGAAAGAACGAAAAAGAGGGAGGGAAGGAAGAAAGCACCAUUGGAGAGUGAGAAAAGGAAGGUUUUUUGUUUUGUAUUUUUUUCCUCCAUGGUUUUAUUUAUUUUAUCAACUAGCUAGCUGCGGCAAAAAAGUUUGGAAGUGCGACACGCUACCGGACUGUUAAGCGUUUUAUCUUUUAGAAAUAGGUAUUUUAACUCAAAAUGCAUUGGCUUGUUCAUGUCUUAACUGCAUUGACUUGUUUGGCUGCAUGCAGCAAUGGUGCAAUGGAUGAAUGUACAGACGAUUCGAACCGUCCUCAGCGCUGUAUGCCCGAGUUUGUCAACGCUGCCUUCAACGUUACCAUUGUGGCUACCAACACUUGUGGCUCUCCGCCAGAAGAAUACUGCGUACAGACGGGGGUAACGGGAGUCACCAAAUCUUGCCAUAUCUGUGAUGCCAGGGACCCCAGGCAACACCACAGCGCCGUCUACCUCACCGAUUACAACAACCAAGCGGAUACCACUUGGUGGCAAAGCCAGACAAUGUUAGCGGGCAUCCAGUACCCCAACUCAAUCAACCUAACCCUUCAUCUUGGCAAGUCCUUCGACAUCACGUACGUGCGGCUAAAGUUCCACACCAGCAGGCCAGAGAGCUUCGCCAUCUACAAGCGCACGAGCGAGGACGGCCCCUGGCUGCCCUACCAGUACUACAGUGGCUCGUGCGAGAAGACCUACCAGAAGAUGAGCCGCGGCUUCAUCCGCACCGGUGAGGAUGAGCAGCAGGCCCUCUGUACCGACGAGUUCAGCGACAUCUCCCCCCUCACCGGCGGCAACGUGGCCUUCUCCACGCUGGAGGGGCGGCCCAGCGCCUACAACUUCGACAACAGCCCCGUGCUACAGGAAUGGGUGACAGCCACAGACAUUCGGGUGACUCUGAACAGGCUCAAUACAUUUGGAGACGAGGUUUUCAACGAUCCCAAGGUCCUCAAGUCUUACUACUACGCCAUCUCGGACUUUGCUGUGGGAGGAAGGUGCAAAUGCAAUGGCCACGCCAGCGAGUGCAUCAAGAACAGCGCCAACAGGCUGGUGUGCAACUGCAAGCACAACACGGAGGGGGACGACUGCAACGUGUGCAAGCCCUUCUACAAUGACCGUCCGUGGAGGAGAGCAACGGCCGAGAACGCCAACGAGUGCCUACCAUGCAACUGUAACGGCAAGUCUGCAGAGUGCUACUUUGACCCGGAGCUGUACCGAGCCACCGGCCACGGCGGGCACUGCCGCAACUGCGCCGACAACACCGAUGGGCCCAACUGCGAGCGCUGCCUGGACAACUACUACCGGGACACCUCCGGCAGCCGCUGCCUCCCCUGCAGCUGCAACCCCGUGGGCUCGGUCAGCACUCAGUGUGACACCAGCGGGCGCUGCAGCUGCAAGCCCGGAGUGACGGGAGAGAAGUGUGACCGCUGCCAGCCGGGCUACCACACCCUCACUGAGGCAGGCUGCAGGCCGUGCUCAUGCAACCCCUCUGGAAGCACACAAGAAUGUGACGUCCAGACAGGCCGCUGCCAGUGCAAGGACAACGUGGAGGGCUUCAGCUGUGACAGGUGUAAGCUGGGCUUCUUCAACCUGGAUCCCCUCAAUCCUCAAGGAUGCACCCCCUGCUUCUGCUUCCAGCACUCCUCCGUCUGCGACACAGCCGACGGCUACAGCAUACACAGAGUCUCCUCCACCUUCGAAAGAGAUGAUGAGGAGUGGACCGGUCAGCAGCGUGAUGGUUCCAGCGUCCGGGUCCAGUGGUCCUCCAGCAGAAAGGAGAUCUCCCUCAUCUCUGAUGACUAUUUCCCCAUGUACUUUGUGGCUCCAGAGAAGUUCCUCGGCAAUCAGCUGCUGAGCUACGGGCAGAAUCUGACCCUCAGCUUUCGGGUUGAUCGACGGGACACCCGCCUCUCUGCGGAGGAUGUGGUCCUGGAAGGGGCGGGGUUGCGGGUUGCUGUGCCCCUCAUCGCCCAGGGCAAUGCCUACCCCAGCGAGAACAUGCAGACAUACGUGUUCAGACUGCACGAUGCCACAGAUUACCCCUGGAGGCCCAGUCUGACCCACUCCGACUUCCAGAAGCUGCUCUACAACUUGACCUCCGUCAAGAUCCGUGGCACCUACAGCGAAAGAAGCGCCGGUUACCUGGACGACGUCUCCCUGAUGACGGCCCGCCGCGGGCCCGGCUCGCCGGCGCGCUGGGUGGAGCGCUGCACCUGCCCACAGGGCUACGUCGGACAGUUCUGCGAGCAGUGCGCCCUGGGAUACCGGAGGAGCCGCCCCGACCUGGGACCCUUCAGCACCUGCGAGCCCUGCAACUGCAACGGCCACAGCGACACCUGCGACCCCGAGACAGGGUUGUGUAACUGCAAAGACAACACUGCCGGACCCAGCUGCGAGAAGUGCAAGGAUGGUUUCUAUGGCGACUCCACGGCUGGGACCCCCUCGGACUGCAAGCCGUGCCCCUGCCCAGGGGGGUCUACCUGCGCUGUGGUCCCCAAGACCAAGGAGGUGGUCUGCACCAACUGCCCCACAGGCACAACAGGGAAGCGCUGUGAGCUGUGCGAUGAUGGGUAUUUCGGCGACCCCCUCGGGGAGAAGGGCCCUGUCAGGGCCUGCCGGGCAUGCAAGUGCAGCGACAACAUCGACCCCAACGCCGUCGGCAACUGCAACCGGGAGACAGGCGAGUGCCUCAAGUGCAUCUACAACACAGACGGCUUCUUCUGCGACCGCUGCAAGGAGGGUUUCUACGGCAACGCCCUGGCUGCCAACCCCAGUGACAAGUGCAAACCUUGCUCUUGCUCCCCCUACGGCACGGUAGACAGGCAAACCAGCUGCAUGCAGAUCACAGGGCAGUGCCUGUGUCUGCCCCACGUCACCAACCGCGACUGCAGCGCCUGUGAACCCGGCUAUUACAACCUGCAGAGCGGCCGCGGCUGCGAGAGGUGCGACUGCAAUCCCAUCGGCUCCACCAACGGGCAGUGUGACAUCGCCAGUGGCCAGUGCGAAUGCCAGCCAGGCGUCACAGGCCGGCGCUGCGAACGCUGCGAGGUCAACUUCUUCGGCUUUGGAUCCUCCGGCUGCAAACCCUGCGACUGUGACCCCGAGGGCUCCCAGUCUGCCCAGUGCAAGGAGGAUGGGCGCUGCGAGUGCCGCCCGGGCUUCGUGGGGGUCCGCUGCGACAUGUGCGAGGAAAACUACUUCUACAACCGCUCCCGCCCCGGCUGCCAGCAGUGCCCCUCCUGCUACUCGCUAGUGAGGGACAAGGUGAACCAGCAGAGGCAGAAGCUGCAUGACCUGGAGACCCUCAUUAGUAACUUGGGUGCCUCCCAGCAGAACGUUAGUGACAAGGCCUUUGAGGACCGACUGAAGGAGGCAGAGAAAGCCAUCAUGGACCUGCUGCAGGAGGCCCAGAACAGCAAAGAUGUGGACAGAGCCCUGCUGGAUCGCCUGAACAACAUCAACAACACGCUGACCACGCAGUGGAACCGGCUGAUGAACAUCCGCAACACCGUGGACGACACGGGCGUGCUGGCCGACAAGUCCCGCACCCGGGUGCGAGACGCCGAGGGCCUGAUCGACAGGGCCCGGGCGGAGCUGGAGAAGGCCAAGGACGCCAUCAAAAAAGUGGACAUUAAACCACCCGCAAGCACCGGAGACCCAAACAACAUGACACUCCUGGCAGAGGAAGCUCGGAAACUGGCUGACAAGCAUAAAAUGGAUGCAGAUCAAAUCGAGAAGAUUGCUAAGGACGCCAACGACACUUCUACCAAAGCACUCAACCUGCUGAAAACCACUCUGGACGGCGAGGGCAAAACGAACAAUGACAUUGAAGAACUCAAUAGGAAGUACAAUGCGGCUAAAGACCUGGCGAAGAACCUGGAGAAGCAGGCGAACAAGGUGCAUGCCGAGGCAGAGGAGGCUGGGAAUAAAGCCCUGGAGAUCUAUGCCAACCUCACCAGUCUCCCACCGGUCGACACCAAGACACUCGAGGAUGAGGCAAACAAGAUUAAAAAAGAGGCCUCGGACCUGGAUAACCUGAUUGACAAGACGGAGAAGGAGUACAUGGACCUGCGAGAAGACCUGAAGGGCAAGGAGGCCGAGGUCCGGAAACUCCUGGAGAAGGGCAAGACAGAGCAGCAGACCGCGGAUCAGCUGCUGGCCCGGGCCGACGCCGCCAAGGCGCUGGCCGAGGAGGCGGCCCGGAAAGGGAAGUCCACCUACCAGGAGGCCCAGGACAUCCUGGCGAACUUGAGAGAUUUUGAUAAGCGCGUCAAUGACAACAAAACCGCCGCAGAGGACGCCAUGAAGAAAAUCCCGGAGAUCAACGCCACCAUCAUCGCUGCCAACGAGAAAACCAAACAGGCCGAGGCAGCGCUGGGCAAUGCUGCGGCCGACGCCCGCGAGGCCAAGAACAAGGCGGCAGAGGCAGAGAAGAUCGCCAGCGCUGUGCAGAAGAGUGCUGCCGGCACUAAGAACGACGCAGAGAAGGCCUUUCAGGACACCAUGAAGCUGGACGACGAGGUGAACGGGAUGAUGGACCAGCUGGGCGCGGCCGAGAAGGAGCUGGAGAAGAAGAGGAGGGAUGCGGACAUGGACAUGAUGAUGGCUGGCAUGGCAUCGGACGCAGCCAAGGAGGCCGAGGACAACGCGCGCAAAGCCAAGAACGCGGUCAAGACCGUCCUGAACACCAUCAACGACCUGCUCAAGCAGUUGGGCAACAUCGACAAAGUGGACAUCAGCAAGCUGGACCAGAUCGACGGGUCGCUGAAGCGCGCCAAGGACCAGAUGGACAGCAGCGACCUGGACCGCAAGCUGACCGAGCUGAACGCGGUCGCCAAGAGCCAGGAGGACAUGAUCAAAGACUACGACCGGCAGAUUGACGAGAUCCGGAAGGACAUCAGCAACCUUGUCGACAUCAAGAACACGCUACCGGCCGGCUGCUACAACACAGCCUCCUUGGAGCGCCCUUAGCCCUGCCCCCACACAAACCCCACCCCCUUGCACCUCCCUCAUCUCUCUACCACUCCUCCCCACAUCUAACACUGGCAGAACGCCACUUUUUACCAAAACAGUUUUUUUUUUUUUUGUUUUUGUUUUGUUUUUUUUUGUUUUUUUUACUGCAAGAGAAAAGCCACAAUGUUACAGUUCAAUGGGAUAAUUUAGUGGAAAGAGCAUUUUUUUUUUAAUACAAUGUGAGUAGGUGUAGAAACGUGAAAGGAGUGAUGGUCACCCUGUUCCAUCAGUGCAGCAGGUAUAGAGAGGUGACUCACCUUCAGUGUAAAGACCCCCCAUAGCACUGCGCCUCAACCUCCACACUGCUCCUAAAGCCUUACUGGUCUGAACCAAGCCCAAGUCUUCCCAAAUGUCAAAACCUACUGGGAAGGUUAGAGUCUACGUUUCCAUAGGUUAAUUUAUCUGGAAUGAAAUAAGCUAUACCUACCAGUUUGUAGUCUUCAGACUUUGAAAUAUCUGGGAUUGGCUUGUUUGGGCUGUGUUUAACAGUACAGGCGUUAUCCCCUACCCUUUCCAAUAAUGUGUGUUCCUUACUUUUGUAUCAUACACCGACAGUUCAAACCAAGCAGUGAAGGACUCCUGUUUUUUUAUCGUUAUUGUUAAUAUCUUCCAGUCACUCCACAGGGGCGUGCCUGUCAUUGUCUCCCUGUCAUCCACCUAUAGCAGUAUUCAAUGCAAUGCAUUCUACACCGUUAGGUACACACACAGAACGGUUUUAAGCAACCCAGCCAGGAAGCUGUGGCUUUCCGAGUGAUCCAGAAUGUGCUGGUGUUGACUUUUGUGACAGGCUUCUACUUGCCGUGAAACAUCUAAUCUUAACGCAGUUAUUUUUUUUCGUAACACUACACAAUCAUGUUUUUGUUUUUGGUUUUUUUGUUUUUCCUGAAGCUGCUGCUUAAUACAGGUGUAUUGCGAAUCACACAUUAACAGUUUUUUUUGUUUUUGUUUUU